GCCAUGGGUGGGACACGGGUCCUGCUGGCCGCGCUCUGGGCGCUGGGGGCCGCCGGGGCCGCCGCGCUGCGCAUCGGAGCCUUCAACAUUCAGAGCUUCGGCGACAACAAAGUGUCGGACUCGGCCUGCGGCAGCGUCAUCGCACAGAUCCUGGCUGGCUAUGAUGUCACGCUGGUGCAGGAGGUGCGAGACCCAGACCUGAGCGCCGUAUCCGCGCUCAUGGAGCAGAUCAACAGCGUGUCCGAGCACCAGUACAGCUUUGUGAGCAGCGAGCCCCUGGGUCGGGACCAGUACAAAGAAAUGUACCUGUUCGUCUACAGGAAAGACACAGUGUCGGUCGUGGAUACGUACCAGUACCCGGACCCCGAGGACGCCUUCAGCCGCGAACCUUUCGUGGUCAAGUUCUCAGCCCCGGGCUCAGGUGAGGCCGGCCCCCCCUCCCGUUCGCCCCACCCCUCCCGCCGGCCCCGCCCUGACGCCCCGCCCCCGCCCGCAGCCGCCGGGGAGCUGGUGUUGAUCCCGCUGCACGCGGCGCCGCGCCACGCCGUGGCGGAGAUCGACGCGCUCUACGACGUGUACCUGGACGUGAUCGACAAGUGGGGCACCGACGACAUGCUGUUCCUGGGCGACUUCAACGCCGACUGCAGCUACGUGCGGGCGCAGGACUGGGCCGCCAUCCGCCUGCGCAGCAGCGAGGUCUUCAAGUGGCUGAUCCCCGACAGCGCUGACACCACGGUGGGCAACUCGGACUGCGCCUACGACCGCAUCGUGGUGUGCGGCGCCCACCUGCGCAGGAGCCUGAAGCCCCAGUCCGCCGCGGUGCGCGACUUCCAGGAGGAAUUCGGCCUGGACCAGACGCAGGCUCUCACCAUCAGCGACCACUUUCCUGUGGAGGUGACCCUCAAGUCCCACUGACAGCCCUGAGGCCCAGUCAGGGCAUGCCACCCACACUCUGGAAUGCCCCCACAGUGGCUCUGUCAGGGUGGCAGCUACCCCCAGUGAAGCCACAGGGCAGGGUCUGCUGGGCAUGGACAAGUGGCCAUGGACACAUUAUGGGACCACUCAGAGCCUCAGUUUCCCCAUCUGUGAGGCAGGCUACACCACCCACCUCAGGGUUGCUGGGAAGAGUCCCCAUGGAGGGCACUGGCUACAGUGCUGGGCACACAUCUGUGCUCAAUAAAUGAGCUGCUCUGAGCCAGGACCACACGCAGCUUGGCUCCAAGGCCUCCAUGUCUUUCUCAGGACUCAGCCCUUCUGGGGCAUGAGGCCUGGUACAUGGUCCAAGGUCUGUUAGGGGACAGGGAUAGCCUAACCUGCCCUUUCAUGGCCUGGUGGGAAUUGGCCACCUCUGGGAAGUUUCUGUUCUUUGUGUGAACUGUAACUGCCUCAAAGAACCUGUACUACGAGUACAGCUGGGAAAGUUACCGUGCCAAUGCUCCCGCCAGCUUCCUGGGCCUUGGUGGAUUUCAGAGCAAGUCUCCCCAUGCCCACCCUGCAGCCCCUAUUCCUGGGUCCUGCAGGGACCCUUGGGUACUUGUCUAUACCUUGGGCCCUGUCUCACUCAUCACUGCAUGGAGGUCAGGGAGGCUGGCCCCAUGUCCCAGCUGGUCAGCUCCCCUGGAACUUUUGGGGAGCCCCUCAGCAGUGGAGGGGCAGGUGGUUGGGGACUGUGUCCUUCUCAGAGAACUGCACGCCAUGCCAUGGCACAGCCCUUCAAGGGUACCUUCCUGUGUAGUGUCCUCCUCAGGAGCCCUGGGCUGGACAAGGACUCAUCAGAGGGGCUCUGUGCUGAGGCCAGGCCAUUACGGUCAGGGCCAAGCAGUCCUGUGGGCACACCAUGUCACUGAUGGGGUUUCUGGUUUUUGAAACAUCUCAUCUUUGGCAGAAUUUGGGAACUGGCUUGAGUCAUGGGAGGCAACACCUUCGCUUCAAGGGUUUGGCCAAGUGUGCUAAAAUAAAACUUAG